AUGUCCCCAGCUGCGCACGUAAUUUUCUUCUUACUGUCCGUGUUGCUGCUCGCACAUGGAAUCUCUUGCUGGUCAGACGAAGGGCACAUGCUCAUAAGUGCCGUCGCAUACGAAGGACUUACAGAUGACGAAAAGUUAGUGCUAGACAAAAUUUUUAAAAACUUCAAAGAAGAUAAGGAUUUCAGUGACCCCGUGACUGGAGCAGUAUGGCCUGAUCACAUAAAGCCAAUUGAUUACCAUUACCCUGAUAAGAGUAGGCGAAUAGGGGGGGUCGAACUAAUGAACAAAUGGCACUACAUAAGUACUCCAUACAACCCAAUGAAUAUUACCCUGAGUGAGUACCAUGAACAAUUGUACAAGAAAACGGAUAAUGCUUUAAAUGUAUUGAAGAUGGUAUUUACUUCAUUAAAAAAUGUUAACAAACAAGAAAAUCAUGGAACAUUUUUUUCCUACAAUUUUAACCUAAGAUACUUUAUUCACAUUAUGGGGGAUGUACAUGAACCGUUACACGUUGUCGAAUUUUUCAAUAAACAUUUUCCCGAAGGAGAUAACGGAGGAACUGAAAUUAAUAUAAUGUAUAAUAAUAAGGUGGAAAAAUUGCAUUACUUAUGUGAUUGCGUUUUUCAUACCAGGAGUAGAAAAUGGCCCACCUGUGGCAAGAAAGAAAUGCUGCAAGAAGCAAAUGCCUUGAUGAAGAUGUACCCCCCUGAGUAUUUUGGAGACAGAUUAAAAAAUGAUUUAGGCGAUAUAGAAUAUCUAGAUUUUAUUAUUAAUGAUAGUUACAGGAAGGCAGUGGAUAUCAUUUAUUCUAACUUCCCCCAUGAUACUCUUAAUAACAAAACUGCCUACGCCUUAAACGAUUCUUCUGCCAAUAGUCUAAAGAAAAUGUUGAAUGAGCAAAUAGUUCUAGGAGGCUACCGCUUAAGACGAUACUUAAAAAUUAUGAUUGCAAACGUACCGGAUGAUCUGUUGAAGGUGCAUUAG